AUGUCGUCGACGCGACGCCCCGCGCGCGCGUUCGACCGCGGCCGCGCCGGGAGCGCGUCGGUGUGGCACACGCCGUCGAACCUGAGCCGGUACGCGGACCGCGCGCGCGUUCCGAUACGCGAGUGCCUCGCCGACGUCCUCGCCGAGAACCGCAGCGAUCUCCCGGACGUCGACUUCGACGACUACGAAGCCGUGUACGACGCGCUGUUGCAGUCCGAGAAGAUCGUCCGCGGCAGGACCUCGUUCGCGGUCGAGGUCGACGACGCGACGACGCUGCGGUACUCCACCGCGCGUCCGGACGCGCCCGAGGUGGCGUCGACGAGCGGCGGCGCGAGGGGCGACCGCGGCAAGCCGUUUGGGAAUCCGUUGUUCCGAGCCGAGGGGGAUCUCUUCGAGAACGUCGCGCCGGGCGGCGGCGGCGGCGGAUGGCCCCCCCGCGCGGUUGCGGUCGCGGCGCGCGCGAGCCCGUGGUCGUCCUCGAUCGAGAUCGGCGGCGCGAGCGCGUCUCGCGGAGGAGCGCGAACGACGCUCUCGAGGCGCUCGAGACCGCCGCCGCGGGACGACGCGGAGGAGGAUCUCGUUAGACAGAUGCGCGCGGUGCUCACCGAGGCGAAAGCCGCGCUCGCGCUCGAACGCGGCGGGGAUCGAAUCGGCGGCGGCGGCGCGUACCCACACUCGGACGACGACGACUGGUCGCGCGGUCGACCCGCGCGAUUGGGCCCGAGGUUCAACGCGGUCUCCAGGGACGCGAAGCGGAAGACGAAGCGUCGCGAGGCGAACGGUUGGAAGCUCGCGCGGCCGGCGUUCGUUCGAUGGCGCGAGCUCGCGACGUCGGAGCACGACGCCGCCGACGCCGUCGCGCACGCGCGCGCGACGACGCGGAGGAAGGUCUUGGAAGGGUGGUCGGGCGUCGCGAAGGCGGCGUCGAUGGAGAUGCGUAAGCGCGCGCUCGUGGUGUUUACGAAAACGUCCAUGGCGCGAGCGUUUCGGAGAUGGGUCGAGCGCGUCGACGAGGUCGUCGAGAUGCGCGACGUCCUCGAGCGCGCCGUGGGGUGGUUCACGAAACGCGAGCUCACCGCGGCGUUCAACCGCUGGCUCGAGUGGCGCGAGGAGAUCGUGGAGAUGCGCGAGAUCGCGGACCGCGCGAUGAAGUUCCUCGUGCAUCGCGCGAUCGUCUCCGCGUUUAACCGCUGGAUCGAGUGGCACGAGGAGACGAGAGAGUUGCGCGAGAUUGCGAAUCGCGCGAUGACGUUCUUCGUCAAUCGCGCCGUCGUGGCCGCGUUCAACGCGUGGGCGGAUAACGCGCGCGAGCUCAGAAACGCGCGCGUCGCGAUCAAGUGGUGGGCCGAACGCGCGCUCGUGAAGAGCUGGCUGACGUGGAUGGACCAUCACAUCGAGUACACGCGCGCGGCGUACGUGUUGAAAGCGCGCGUGUGGGGGGAAUGGUGCGAACUCGCGGACGAGCGCCGCGAGCGGUUGAAAAUCAUGCGGCGCGUCGCGGAUCGACUCAACGGCGGCAAAAUCGCGGCCGCGUUCGGGACCUGGCGCGAGCGCGUCGACGACGCGCGCGCGGCGAAGCGCGCGCUGGUGCAGUGGCAGCGGUCGUCCAUGCGCGCGGCGUUUUAUCGAUGGAAGGAGGACUUCAUGCUCGAGGCGAUUCGGAGGCGCGGCGUCUUGGAGAGGGCGGCGAGGAAUUUCAUGAAGGCGGAGUUGGCCGCGGCGUGGCGUCGGUGGCUCGAACACGUGGACGAGCGCGCGGCGGAGAAGGAGCGCCAGCUGGCACUCGUGUCGCGCGUCUUGGCGCGCGUGCGCACCGGGAAGAUGGGCGCCGCGUUUGACACGUGGCAGCGAUACGUCCUCCGCGUCGCCGCCGCGGAGAGAGCGCUGACGCGUUGGUUCGAGCGGAGCGCGCGAGGGGCGUUGUACACGUGGCGCGAUCACGUCGCGCACAGACGCGCGAUCGCGCGCGCGAUUCGGCACUGGCGCGAGUGGACGCUCGCGACCGUGUACCGCGCGUGGCUAAAGUUCGCGAUCGACGCGUACGCGAUCCGCGCGGAGAACGAGCGCGUCGCCGCCGCCGCGGAAGAGGAAGCCGCGCGCGUCGCGGAGGAAGCCGCCGCCGCCGAGCUCGAGACGCGUCUCGAGCGCGAGCGUCUCGAGCGAGAGGCUUCGCGGGAGGCACUGCUGCGGCGCCUCGAAGACGAGAAGAUCGCCGCGGAGUACGCGCGCGAGGAGGCGCGACGCGCGAGAGAGGAGGAGAUUCGAAAGCGCGAAGACGACGCGCGUCUGCGCGCGAUCGAACGCGCGGAGGCGGAGGCGCGACGCGAAGAAGCGCGGAAAUCGCGCGAGGAGGCGCGCGCCGCAGACGCCGCGGCGAAGGAGAAGGCGAGGCUCGAGCGCGAGGCGACGCGAGCCGCCGAGCGCGCGGCGCGAGAAGAAGCGGAGGACGCGGCGAGAUUGGCGCGCGCGCGCGAGCACCGAGCGUGGCGCCGCGGCGUCGACGCGUGCCGCGCGUGGCGCGAGCGCGCCGUCUUCGCCGCGCGCGAGCGCGUCGCCGUCGCCGCGGCCGCGUCGCUCGACGCGCGGCGCACGCGGAGGAAGUUCAUCGACGCGUGGCUGCGCGUCACGCUCGCGGCGUACGUCGGGCGGGAGGGCGUCGCGCGGCGCGCGCUCGAGAGGUGGCGGCGAUCCGUCGACGCGAUUCUCGAGACGACGACGCUCCACGCGGUUGCGAUCAAGCAUCACCGCCGCGUCGCGCUUCGCGAGCGCUUCGACGCGUGGGCGCGCGCGUGGACCAACGCGGAGAUCGAUCGCGAGACGUGCGCGCUCGCGGCGGCGCACCUGCGCGAACGCCGGCUGAAGCGGGCGUUCUCGUCGUGGACGCAUCGCUGGGCGCGAAAGGUGCUGCAGCGCGCGUUUAUCGAUCAUCGCUAUCGAAAGAUCGCCGCCAAGGUGUGGAGCUCGUGGCAGUUCAUCGCGAUCGAGGCGAAAGUCGCGCGCGUGAGUGAGCUGCGCGCGGCGCGAGCGGAGGCCGCGACCGCGCCGAGGAGCGUGUACGACCCGUCGCCGAGGAAGAAGAAGAAGACGCUCGUCGGCGACGGGCCGUUCGGGUACCGCUCGCGGAAGCCCCUCUCCGACGGGGGGAAGCCGCCGGUGUUUCCGAACAUCAAUCCGGUGUGGAAGCCGCCGUACGUCAAGAAGCUGCCCCCGAACUCGCCGUAG